AAAUAACUCACUGUUAGUGUUCCACUCGCAUUCUCUACCCACCUACUAACUUAACGGAAUUCUAACUCCGUUAACUUCGCCUCCUCUUCCCAUGCUUUAUCUUCUCUCUCUUUCCCUUUUAAUAUUCCACAAUAUUUUUCCUAUUCUUAUAUAACCCUACACAAAGAUUCUUCUACUUUUUUUUUUGAAGUUGCUACCUUGACCAUCGAUUUCAGUGUUUUAAUGGAUUAACAUUACUGGGUUGGUUUUGAUUUUCUGUAUUGUUAAAGAUUUUAGGUAAAGUUUGAAUUUUUAUUUUCUGUGAAAAUAAUGUGGGGUAGGUGGCGGUGUUCCAGUGGGGGUUUUAGGACAUUGAGCAAAAGGGUAUCUUCUAUUGUGAAUCUAAGUCAUGGUUAUGACGAAAAGCUUCAUCCUUUUGGAUUUGGUCCUCAUUUGUUAGGUUUAAGGAGUGUUGUCACAGUGACAUGUGGUGGUGGUUGGGGAAAAGGGGUUGAAUGUUUAUCCGUUAUGAUGAACCAGAUGAAGAGGGGUUUGUCGUCAUCUUCUUCCACUCUGGUUGGAGAUGUUAAUGGAAAAGAGGAAAGUAUAUCGUUCUCGGAGGCUAAGAAGCUUAUGAGAUUGGUGAAUGUGGAAUCACUGAAGAUUAAACUUGGGAUGGAAGGGAAGGAAGUUAUUUCGUAUGGUGAACUUCUUCAAGCUUGUGAGAGUUUUGGUAUUGCUAGGAAUCGUGAUGAGGCUGCUACGUUUGCAAAGGUUCUUGAUGAGGCUGGGGUUGUUUUGCUCUUCAGGGAUAAGGUUUAUCUGCAUCCUGCUAAGGUGGUGGAUCUGAUUCGAAGAGCCGUUCCACUGGCACUAACUUCCGACGAUGAUCCUAUGAGGGACGAGUUAAAGAAACUGCAAGACGAGAAGAUAGAAAUUGACAUGUUGGCACAUAAACAGGUGCGACGCGUCCUUUGGUCUGGACUAGGAUUUGGUGUAUUCACUGUCGGGCUCUUCUUCCGGCUAACGUUCUGGGAAUUCUCAUGGGAUGUAAUGGAACCUAUUGCGUUUUUUGCGACCACAACCGGAUUGGUUACGGGCUAUGCUUACUUUUUAUUCACUUCAAGAGACCCUACUUACCAAGACUUGAUGAAGAGACUGUUUCUUUCAAGGCAGAGAAAGCUUUGUAAGAAACAUAAUUUUGAUGCCGAGAGAUUCAUGGAGCUUCAGUGCAAGUGCAAAACACAUAUACAUUCUAGUACUGUGUUGAAAAAUAGCACAGGGUUUGAUGUUGAUCUUGAUGAUGCUUUACAUAGAGAUUAACAUUUGAGUUAUAACCUUGUUCCACCUGUUUUAACAUUGGUGGGAGAAUGUUUAAUCUAACCAUAACCAUAGUUUUGGUUUAUUAGUAGUUAAUACACACAUAUCUCCUUCAUUUUCAUGACCAUGUAUAAUACAUUAAUAGGAAUACCAUAUGCAACUAUUACUUUUCUUCAA